UCAUGUUGGUAUCACUGUUGGUGAUUAUAUUUUUGGGUGGUGAAUGUUUUGCAGUGGCCAUUGUUGUUCGUGCAUAUAGCUAAAGGUCGUUGAUUCUGCUGUGUCGUGGUGUUAUUGACGGGCACAGUGCGUAUGAUCGGCUCUGGAAAGGAUAGAAUCACCAUUCGCAUCCAAAACAUGAAGAGGAGUACUGACAGAGAGACCCCGCCGGCUCGCAACAAGAGGUCGCGCACCAGCUUAGGUCGUUACGAGGAUAGUUCAGAUGAGCGGAUUACACCAGAUAGGAUCCGCCGUCGCACCAGCAGAGCUAGAUCACCAAGUCCUCCAAGAGCGCGCUACAUGUCACCCCACCGAGACGAGUACAUGCGUCCCCCAGAAAGGACCUUCCCCUACAAGGUUCUGUGUGUGAGUGCCCUGCACCCUAAAGCCAGUGAUGAAGUUAUCAAGGAUACGUUGUACAGGGAGUACAAGAAGUAUGGUGACAUGAGCAUUAAGGUAUCUCAUGAUAUGGAUGAGAGGGUUGCCUAUGUGUGCUUUAGAAAUCCGGAGGACGCCAGGGAUGCCAAACAUGGUAAACCUCGCAUCAUUGUCUACGAUAAAGUCGCUCUCGUCGAAGCCGUUUACGAGGUGGCUAGACCUGCUCCUGAAAUCUACAGAGGAAGACCCAGGUCCAUCAGCCCAGAGUAUGAGAGGCACUACUAUGGCAGAUCUCCAGAGCGUCUGAGAACUGUGGACAGAUACGAUCGUUGCUAUGGGCCACCACCUGGGGUUCCUGUUCACAGGGAGUUUAGAAGAGAGGCUAUGCCUGCUCCCCAUCACGAAUAUAUGGCACGACCGCCGAUGCAUCACGGACCUCCCCAUAUGGGUGCAGGGUAUGGAGCCGCACCCAGACACUCUGCUCCGCGAGUACCUUUCGAGAAGGGCGAAAACAAGAAAGAUAAAUUUCCCAAUUAUCUGCAUCACGUGCAACCGGAAGACGAUCCUCUUGCCACCAGAACAUUAUUUGCGGGUAAUUUGGAAAUAAACAUAACCGAGGAAGAGCUGCGCCGAAUAUUUGGACGUUUCGGCUCAGUGGAGGAUAUCGAUAUAAAGAGGCCGCCUCCAGGGACGGGCAAUGCUUUUGCUUUCGUUCGUUUUCAGACGCUCGACAUGGCGCACCGAGCAAAAGUGGACUUAUCCGGUCAGUACAUUGGUAAAUUUCAGUGUAAGAUAGGCUAUGGUAAGGCGACGCCUACGACUCGCAUUUGGGUAGGUGGUCUGGGUCAGUGGACGUCCAUUACACAGCUGGAGAGGGAAUUUGAUAGAUUCGGUGCUAUAAAGAAGAUUGACUAUACGAAAGGCGAUAUCCAGGCAUACAUUUUGUACGACAGCAUCGAUGCAGCGCAAGCGGCGGUUAAGGAGAUGCGAGGUGUUCCUUUAGGUGGAACGGAUCAUAGGCUACGUACUGAUUUUUCAGACGUCACUCCUGGUACUGCGUUCAGACCGAAACCUCCAUAUCCGCCGAACGAAGAAGGAGGAAGUUCCGAUUACAGAAGGCCGCCCGAAGAUUUCGAGCCAGGAUUUGAAGGGGAGGCGGCUUCUACUGGAUAUACUAGCGGCAGGUAUAAUAGAACGAGACCACAAUAUCCGGAGAGACGUGCCACUAGCAGAGGGCCUUUCAGGUUCCCCGAUGAAGACGAAUGGAGUAACAGAAACAGGGGCGGUGAUGGCGAAUAUCCGCGUCGCAGAUCUAUCACCAGACCUGCCGCCGAUAGAUCCAGGUCGAGGUCUCCUCGCAGAUCCAUAGAUUCCGAUUCGGAUAGUGGCUCUCGUCGCGCCGGGCUUUUGGCUUCCAGCAGAACGCUACCAGAGGUCGCCAGGAAAUGCUCGACAACGUGGCAGGGUGCGCUGAUUUUGAAGAACUCUCUAUUCCCGGCCAAAUUCCAUCUGAUCGACGGUGAUACCGAUAUCGUGGAGGGAUUGAUGAAAGACGAAGAUGGCAAGCAUCAGUUGCGAAUUACUCAGAGACUGAGGCUAGAUCAGCCGAAGCUGGAAGACGUGCAGAAACGCAUUUCCAGCGCUAGCUCUCAUGCUAUCUUCUUGGGUUUAGCAGGAUCUACAGCUUCGGUUGCUAUCGAUGAUGCCAACGUGCAGACUCGUCCUUUAAGGAAUCUGGUAUCUUAUUUGAAGCAGAAGGAGGCGGCCGGGGUGAUUUCAUUAUUGAAUAAAGAGACAGAAGCAACGGGAGUCCUCUACUCCUUUCCGCCCUGCCCCUUUUCCACGGAACUUUUGAAAAGGAUGUGCCACAACCUCCCCGACGACGCCUUGAAGGAAGAUCAUCUUGUGAUCGUCGUGGUGCGUGGCGGCACAGCGUAAAAUCUAUUGACCCUACUUUAUAUUUCUUUAUUUUUAUUAUGAUGAUUUUUAUUUUCCAAACCUUUACAUGACGGUGCAGCUAAGUUAGUUUUUAAGAUUAUAUUUAUAUGAGUAUUUUUUCAUUUCAGGAGGUUAGUGAUCAACAAUGGUUUAGCAAAAAAAAGUAUCUGUGAACAGUUGUUUUGAUUAGUGAUGAUGUUGUUUACGUAUUAGGUAUUCACUAUAUUUAAUAUGCAAAAAAAUGUGAAUUAAUCUGUGCCCCAUUAAAAAUACCCUUUAUAAUGUGCAUAACAAGUGCGUUGUAAUCGUGUGUUAACAGUUCUUUAUCAUUCAUUAAUGAUAUUCAACUCAUUAGAUACAUAUAUACUGACAGUGGUGUUUUAGUAAAUGGCAAAGAACUGUAUCCAAAAUGAUAUGUUUACAUCUUAUCUAUAAAAACAAAUGCGCAAAAAUCCAGAGAAAAAGAGAACUACUAAAUGUGUUUAGUAGUGUGUAUAUUGUGAAGUAGUUAUAAGCAAUUGCUUAAGAAAAUUUAAUUAUGUGAGCAAGUGUAAGAAAAUUGGUGUCCAUGUUAUUCUUGAAAAGAUUCAUUAAUUUUUC